UCGAGCAUUCAUCUCGACAGCAGAGACAGUCCACUUGUUACCUCAACAGACGGAACGACUAGCAUUGUUAAAUCAGCAGCACAAUGCUAUGGAAAGUUCAAGGCAACACGCGGGGGUAUCUACCUCCACUGUGAUGGUUACAAAGCAGCCAUUUUCUAAAGUAGUCUUUUUGGUCUCGUCACGCAGCCUGGAGUGGUACAAUGCUGGCAGCAGCGGCCGCCGGCAUUGAGCGCCAGAAACACCCAACGGGCCGUGGCUGUUGGGUCGCAUAGCUGGCACGAAUCAUCGGUCGGUAAAGGGGCUGAUUUUAGUGACAGGUUUGACUUGGAGUCCGGACUGGCUUCAAACGCACGCGGUGAUAGUCUCAUACUGACAUAUGUAUAUUGCGUAGGCUAACCGUGAUCGUCUACCACGAGGCCCUACAAGUUGUUUCCAUGUGAAUAGGGCCUACCCAUGUAUUUUGCAUUCCUCCACGAUCAUUUGUCAAGAAGGACUCCUUCAUGUGGAAAUGAAGUUUUUGCCGGCAAUCAAGGCAUUUGUUGGAAGUUCUCGUCACAAAAAUCGUGAUUCUUGGAUGAAUGCUGCCAGCUGGGAUUUAAGGGGGCCAUUUGUUGGAUCGGACCGGCCAAGCCUGCCUACUAUUCACCGCCUCUAGUCCCCGUGGGUUUUGCUAUGCCACACUGUGCCAAUCCUACUUCACAUGCCUUCGGCCCGGUGCUGGUGUGUUUCCUAAUCCUCUUCCUAAGUGCCCUUCCCCGCUUCGCGAGCUGUUCCAGUAACCCGACCGGCUGGCUGGCCUCUGACUACCCGCACCCACGAGAGCAGCCGCCCGGAGCCUGUGGCUUUACGUCAGGCGAGUUUGCCUGGGUGACACCAGCUAGGGACCCAGUCAACACCACCGAUUACUGGAUAUGCGACCCGGACCGUGUGCUGUCACUCGACGAAGCCCUUGUACUCGCUGACUACCUGAAAAGUCUUUUCCACAAGUCUCCCUGUGACUGCGAGGCGGUAGAGUGCCCCGGAAGUGAUGUCACACCGACGGGCUAUCUGAUUGGUGUAGCCCUUGUCGAGCGCUUGGAUAUCGAAGGGAUGAAGUUUGAGCCGAUUAAUGUCAAAGCUGCCAAUUUUGCCAAGGCGACAAGAGAGAAAUGGUUCUCUGAUCUUGGCUGCGACGACAAUGCACUAAUAUUCUAUUCCAGAUUCUCCAAUGAGCUCUACAUAUCCAUCGGGGAGGAGAUGAAGGGGGUUGUGUCUGACCUGGAAUUGGCCAGCCUGUACCGCCUCGGGGAGGAGUUCUUCACAGUGAAAUCGUCCGAGGACCAGGGGAACGAUCACAACCAGACAACCCCCGCCGGCACCAGCGCGACCUAUGAAGGCCUGAAGGCUGUGGUGGACCAUCUCAACGAGGCCAUCCUGAACGGGCCCAGCAUCACCUCCGACGUCGUCUUCGCCUUCUCCAUCCCGCUGCUGCUGCUGGGCAUGAUGACUGCCAUGUGCCUGAUUUCGAACAUUUGUUGCGCCCAGGACAUGACGGUGCCAGAGCCAUCGCGCGGUCGGAGGAGUAGAUCCGAGGACGCAGUGUCCGAGGACCCCAAAGCUGAGGACGACAGUGAGGCAAGCAGGUGAUAGAUUACGGUGGACCAAUCAUGGAGGAUACUGGUCUAUCACCAGCAGACCAGCUGCUAUUACGAACCUGAUGUUUCCUGAAAGUUCCAUAUAAUUAUGAACCCAAGAAAAGCAACAUUUUUGGCUACAUCGAAAUGACCUGAAGAGUUUUGAAAUAGCCACUCGGCGUUGCCCUUCUCCAGGUAAAUUGUUACUAGGACAACAAACUACAUCCCUUAUAGUCAACUAAUGAUUGAUGUAAAUUGGUCGACGAGAAAAUUCCAAUUCUCGUUUAGACUAUGUAAAUUUUCCAAGCAGCCGUGCAUCAUUCUGACCAGUCUUGGGUGAUUAAGUUGACGGAUUUCAGUUUGAGAAUUUUGCUGUGGUGUUGCAGCGCCCCGUGAUUCACGACGCCGAAGUUUCCCCCAACAAACAGUGGGAAUUCCAGGGGCAAGACAUUAAGGAAUUUCCGGCAUGCACUGUACUGUUGGCAUUUCAAUUGGAUUUUAUAAUGUACAAAUAUGCCUCUUAACUUUGUACUCUCAACCAAUUAAAACUCUUAACGAAAUUGUAAAAAAAAAAACCCUGUCAUUUUGGCUGGGAAUUCUCACCUUUCAUUAUAAGCGCUACACGGCUGCUCUUAGCAUUCUUCACAGGUUUAACCCCCCCCCCAUUUCGAGGAUGUACUUUUCAUGUGGUUACAUGAGUUUCGUCUGUGAAGAAGAAAAAACAUUAAUUGAGCACAAAGAACCGUUGAUGAGAACGGCUUUUUCGACGGCUCAUACCAUAUGUCGUCAUACGAAUAUCAAGAAGACAAGCCCGUCAUCGGUUCUUCGUCAAAGGAGCUGGAGAGAUAAAAUGUCUGCAGCGUGUUGUUCACCCGUAUAUCCAUUCCACCGUCACGCAAAGCUUGAUAUCCUAUUUGGUCUCCGUUAAGUGUAACCAUAUCACCCAUGCUGAGUGCAUGGCCCCACGGCACGAUCUAAAUUCAACACAUUGUGUCCGAUUCAACAAGACACAUAGAUCGAAAUUCUUCCGGAGAAUUUCAGUUUCGUCUCAGCAGAUGCAAACAACUGAAAAGUGUUUUGUAAACCAAGCAGAUCGCACGUAGUUGUAAAUGUUCAUCUUGGUCAGCAUUGUUAUACGCUACACAAAUCCAGUCUCGAAACCUGACCUCUUUAUGAAGUCAACGCCAAAUCCUCACAGCAUUUUCCGUUGAAGAAGAGAUGCUGUCCAAUGUUUCUUUUGUCGUUCAAUUCAGAGCUUGCAACCAUUGCGCGAACCGUCACUGACCACACCUGUAAACAACAUUGUUCAAAUUAUUCCGAAGUGUUACUUGUACAUAUGCAAAUGUAAUAUUUUUAAGAAGGUUUAUAAGGGGCAUACAUAUUUUUAUACAUUAUUUUGUAUUGUAUACUACAGUAGAAACUGAAGCGUGAAGCCUCGGGGAUAGUUCGCUUAUGCCAUACUUCGAUAAAUUUGUGGCGUUCGUUUUCGUCACACAGUGCUCGAGUUGCAUUACUAAGAGCAUUAAUUUCAUUGGUUGGGGUUAUAGUCUAUGAACAUGAUAGCUAGCUUCAUUUUUGAUGGAUGGUUUCAAUUAAUGUUUGAUCCAAAAUUCCAAAUGUUGUGCAGGGCCUUGCGGUCCACAGUACUAGUAAUGAGAUAAUGCAGUUUUGUGUUGGGGUGUUUUGGCGUAUAAAUACAAUUACUAAAGAUGCAGCUUAGUUGAUGCAGUAAGCAUCGUCGAGUUCGGUAUUAUUUUUCUUGAUACAAGUAAUAUGUAAUUACCGAAGUAAUCGGUCUUUCUGUCAUUUUGUUUUGAUCUUAUUCAUACAGAAUUCGUCUUAUACCUUCUUUACAUGCGGUUGGUUUUGUAUAAGUUGCCAAAAUUCUGUCGCAUAUAGCACUGAAAUUGCACAUUUCCAUUCUACGACGCCAGUUUGACACAGUCAUGCACGAUAAUGCUUGGCACCAGUUUUGAGUUGUAGCGGCGGCCCGUAAUGCGUUUAUGUCUAUUUAAAGUAUAGGCUUAGCCUGUCCUUGUUCGUUUUUCUAUUUUUCCCCCGAUUGCAAAGCAUGUCGAUGGUAAUUGAAACCACAUUUUUAUGUAUACAGUUUGCCAAUCUAAAAUUAGUAGAGAAUCGAUGGCAAGGAUGACGUAAAUAGACCACGUGAUCCAGUCACUUUAUAGCCUUGGCAAUCGAUUAGAAGGAGUUAAAUGAACACAAUCAAUGCUGGCGCACGAAAUACCGUGAUUGAAUGUCACGGUAAAGUGGGGUCAACGUUUGCAUAAAAAUGGCAAAUUCAUUGAGGUGAUAAGAGCACCAUCACUACCAGACGCUUAACUAUAUCUUCCACGUGUUGGCUUGCUUUUUCUUUCUCUGUAAAACUAAUAGAUCAGCGUGACAUACGUGUCAUAUUUUUACGUCGUUUGGUAGUUUCUUAACCAUUGCUAUCACUGUUUCGACAACUAAGUAAAUAGUACAGGUACUUACCCUUUGACAUACAAGCUCUAUUGUUUUGUCACAGUGCAUCAGUGAAUUUUCACGUUCUUUGAAGUGAGUGGCGAAUCUCAAUUAUGUCACGUGUCAUUUUUACUCAGCGCCCUCUGUCGGACGGUGUUUGACUGGAAACAUUAAUCCCAUGCAAAUUGUGCACGUGGUGGAAAUUACUUCUAAUGGUCGUUGGAUAUUGUACCAAGUGUAGCAUAAUUAACAUCCCCAAAAUGGCAAUGAUCGUCAAAUAGAUUUACACUUUAUCUGCAGGUUAUUGGGCUUGGUAACUUUACUAUGAAUCUUCAAUCAUCUAUCUUAGUGGUGUAGUUUUACGUGCACAUACUUAUAAUGUCAGUUUUGUACACAGUUCUUCUGUCCCCGUCUCUCGGUUUUCAUUCAAAAAUCACUCCGCAUACUUUGUCAGGUUUAAGGGUCUCAACGAAUUAACGUGUAUGGAUAUUAAAACUACUUAUAAACUUGCUUUUGAACGUUCGUUCAAACUUUAUUUCAUUAAAAUUACUAAUGCAACGUGCGUAAUCUGCUGACGCUCGUCAACGUAAUUUAUGCUCUGUUAUACAACCAUGUGAGUUUUUCUUCAUUACAAAUAUGUAUACCUGAAUGGUUGCUAAGGACUUGUUAUUGUUGACACGUGAGAUUAUAUAUAGAAGCACAGGCGCCAUUUUCACUAGUUGUCUGUUGUUGAGGCACCUAUAAAUAACAUCAAACGUUUUGUCCAGCGUGAGAAACACUGCAGCAACCUCGUCGUUGGCGCGGCGAGGGCUUCCUGAGACAAAACGCCUUUAUUUUUGUGGCAUAAUGUCAAGUGAAUUGCGUCAGGUGUGUUUCCACGACAACGGUUACCUUGGCAACAAGGUCUGGUUGAUUAUCAUGGCCGCAGUAAUGUCAUGCCGGCAAUGUUCGCCCAAUUCAGCGGACUUGAAUCAGAGACGUGGCCGAGAGCCAGUGCCUGAGAGGACAUAUUACGUGAUCGGCCGCUUGAAUCAUGAUGCGCAUCACCUUUAUUAUAUCUGCUGUCAUGAUAUGGUGGAUGGUUAAAUGCAAGCAAGAGAACAUCAUCGAAUAGCCGUACUCUAUCCACGCCACUUGCAUAAUACCAAAGCAAACAAGGCGUCAUUAGGCCCAUAAUACAGAUACUUCACCGUUGCCUGGGGAUGUGGAUAUAUAGUCAUCCUGCAAACAACUGGAUUACCUAAAAUAGUAUGGGUCACAUUUCUGAUUUGAUAGUCAUAAUGAUUAAUCUUAAAUAUCAAAGGUCUCCAGACUAGUCCAUUUGUUUAGACCAGGUAUUUACAUUGUCAUUUUGGCAUUUCGUUUUUGAGAAAUAUUAACAACUAUAGGGCACACGUCCACGGAACGUUAGGUAUAUAAACAAUAGGCCAUGUAAAGUUGUUUACAUUUGUUGACUUUCGUUUUGUUAAAUUAUUUAUAUAAAAGGUUUCCCACGUGAAACAAUACCAAAGUAUAUCCUGAAUACAUGUUCCGAAUGACAGACCAGGUUUCUAGUUUUGGGAGAAAUAAUUCAAAAAUUUUAAAUCUCUUUGAAAAACGAAACAAAUCGAAGCAAAGCCACAAGCAAAGUAGGCAAGUCUAUCCCCCAGUCGAACGUAAUUCUUUUGUGGCUGAGAAUCUUGCCUCUUUAUGAAGAAAACAAGGCCAAGAAAGGCGCACAUUUUCUUUUGAAGGUGCCAAACUUCCAGUUGGUUGCUCCUGAUCAAGAAUAUGAAGAUUUGAGUUUCCAAUAUAAAAGAGGCACGACUUUAAACCGAUUGAUCCUGUAUAGUAAAAUUUGAGUCAUCACCUUAGUUUCUUCAUUUAGUUCUCAUCUGCCGAAAAUUUGUUUACUUGACUGGAAUUGUUUCUUUUAUUUUUCUCUUGUAUUUUGAUGUUGGUGGUCUUGAUGAGUUACUUCAUCAUCAUUAUUUUCAUAUCACCGUUUAUGCACCUUAAUAUUAGCUUUUGAGAAAUGAGGAUAAUAAAACUGCAAUUUUGUAAGAAAACCGACCGUGAUUAA